AUGUCGAAAAUCUCUGUCGCCGGCGUUCGUACGAACGUUCAACAGCUCCUUGAGUAUUCCAACGAGACCAAGAAGAGGAACUUCCUCGAGACCGUCGAGCUCCAGAUCGGCCUCAAGAACUACGACCCCCAGCGUGACAAGCGUUUCUCCGGAACCAUCAAGCUCCCCACCCUUCCCCGCCCUCGCAUGAGCAUCUGCGUUCUCGGUGACCAGCACGACAUUGACCGUGCCAAGCACCAUGGUGUCGAUGCCAUGAGCACUGAUGACUUGAAGAAGCUCAACAAGAACAAGAAGCUCAUCAAGAAGCUCGCGAAGAAGUACGACGCCUUCGUUGCCUCCGACGCCCUCAUCAAGCAGAUUCCCCGUCUCCUCGGACCCGGUCUCUCCAAGGCCGGAAAGUUCCCCACACCCGUCUCGCACGCUGAGGACCUCGCCAACAAGAUGAACGAAGUCAAGUCCACCAUCAAGUUCCAGUUGAAGAAGGUUCUGUGCAUGGGUGUCGCUAUCGGCAACGUUGGCAUGACUGAGGACGAGCUGAUCGGUAACAUCAUGUUGGCCAUCAACUACCUCGUCUCGCUGCUUAAGAAGGGAUGGCAGAACGUGGGCUCCUUGACCAUCAAGGCCACCAUGAGCCCCCCCAAGCGCCUCUACUAG